UGACGACGGGGCUAUAAGCUGCCCCGAGAAACUUUUUUUAUAUAUAUUUUUAAACUAUAUAUAUUUUAGAUGUAAACGUAAGGGACGCUAAGAAACGAAAACAAAUGAACUAAACUGUGAUAGAGCUGUGAUAUGUGAUAUUAGCCAGAGGAAGCGAUAUGCGAGGAGGAGACCGCGUGCUGGCAACUCCCGCCGGUGUCGAGACGCGGAGAUGAUACAGUGUUGACUCGGACGUCGACGAGGCUGUCACGAUGAUCUACGAGGAGAUCGACGAAGUGAGGUGUGUGCUGGCCGCCCUCAAGCCAGCCACGCCCAUCAGCGAACGCCCGCGGAUGCCCACCCCCCCCACGCCCACACAGGAGUACGAGUUUCUAUUCGAGGCGACCUCCUCAGCUCCGAACACCAACACACUCUCCAGCAGCGAUACGAAAAGGGGGGGUGGAGGACGCCGGGCAGGAGGCUCGUGGGUGAAGAGCCCAGGAGUGCGGCGCCCCGAGGUAUCCCAGGUGACGCUACAGGGAUGGCUGUACAAGCAGGGCGCCGACGGCCUGCACCUCUGGAAGAAGAGGUGGUUCGUCCUCUCCGAGUACUGCCUGUACUAUUACAAAGGUCCGGACGAGGAUAAGGUGCUGGGGUCGCUGCCUCUGCCCUCGUUCAAGAUCAGCCCCGUGGACUCCGAGGACCGCGUGUACCGCAAGCAUGCAUUCAAGGCCGAGCACCAGAACAUGCGCACCUACUACUUCGCGGCGGAAACCAAGGACCAGAUGGCUCAGUGGAUGAACGCCCUGUCCCUCGCCUCCAUCCUGCAGAAGGACACCAGCCUGGAAGAGAAGUGGAGCAGCGGAAGCAGCGCGCGGCGGAGUGAGCGCCCUUCGGUCUCGUCUUUGGCGUCGACGGCCUCGCCCUCGGCCGACGAGAGCGACUCCGGCUUCCACGGCUACAGGUCGAGGAGGUACCGGUCCCCAGACGGCCGGUCUCUGGACGAGGCAAGCGAAUCGUCCCGUUUGCAGGGCGACCGCCUGAACACCUCGUGCGAUUCGUCCCUGAUCCUGCGGUCCGGCGAGCGACAGCCCCUCUACGCCAACGCCCCACCCAAGCCCAAGCGGCUGAACUCCUCAAGGGACUACAGCACCUCUCCGGAGCGGUCGCCCGAAAGGGACGAGAGAGACCCGCGCAUCUACACGGACCAUGGUGGCGGCAACGGCGCCGCGGACUCGCGCUCGCCCGACGCCCGAGGACUGCACUUCCACCCUCCUUCCGCCGAGCGAAGGACUCCCGACGCGUACGGAGUGACGUCGGGCGGCGCACGCGGGGACUACGAGGACGUGUAUGGCGACAGCAAUGGCUCCAGCUCCCUAGCGCAGAGUCCCAUCCGGAAGCCCGAGCAGAGAGACUCGUUCGCCUCGUCUAGAAGCGGUGGGACGAGACUAUCCGAGGAGCUGCAGCUGGCCGACCCCAUGAGGGCCACCUUCCGCGGCCAGGAGGACACGCUCCCCCGGGUAUCACACCCGGACCCACACCACCGCCACCGACCACAGGGACCACCGCGCCCGCACAGCGCAGACUUCCUGGAGUACGACCGGCGGCACGGCAACAACGACAUGUGGUCCUACCGACGCGGCAGCGGCGGGGACCUCCCGAGACCCAACGAAAUUCGGCCCAAGUCGUCCGUGGGUCAGAGCGACCUGGAUCACUGGUCGGAAGAGAAUUAUGCUCAAAAGAUGCGGCAGUCGUCGUUGUACCACACGCACAUGCACAGCAGACCCACGUCGAGAUUCUCGGCAGCGGGGAAAGGUGAGAGCCCUGUCGGUGACCAUCACCAUCUGCACAGCCCCCACGGUGUCCCUCAGCGUGUGCCACCAGCCGGGGCCGCCACGCCUGAUCUGUACACGCCACACAAACCCUCGGGCAUGGCACCGGGCACCACGAACAGUCUGCGGCAUGGCAUGGUUGGAGACAGCAGGCCAGCCUCGAGACAGGACCUGAGUCAGGAUCCUCGGCCCGAUGUGAGGCCCGACCUGAGACAGGACUCGAGGCAUGACCUCAGACCAGACCCAAGACUCGAAUCCAGACCAGGACACAUGCGAGCGGAGCCGAGGCAAGAUCCGCGUCAAGGGAUGACACCCGAAGCGCACAGACAACACAAUCACGAGGAUCCUCACAACAGAUCGGACACGUCACCCAACACGACGUUCAACAGUGUGCCUACCCCCCCAGGCAGCUAUCAGAACAGUGCCUCUCCCAGUGGCAGCGCCAACAACAGCUUCAUGAGAUCGGCGUCUGCAAGGCUGCCACGACACAAACUGCAGGAUGAUAUGAUGAACACCUCAUUGCCUGAUGAUGGGUCGGAUGGAGACACCAAAAAGAUGCAACAGAGAGAGGAAUCAAUGAAAAGGCUACUGGAGUGGAAACAGAGGAUGUUACAGUCACCCUUAACACGGAAGACCUCCCCUCGCCAAGAUGCAACUGCAACGCCACAGCCUCGAACAAAUAGCGAAGCUUAUAGGCAGCAAGUCCUAAAUGAGCUUGCAACUCAGGAAGCCAGAUCAAAAAGUGUCCAGAGUCACGGACAUGGCCAGAGCCAGUCUCCUGGGAGGACCCUGGGACAAGUUCCGCCUUCGGGGUCUGUGCCAGGAAAGCCCCACGGCUUCUCACCCAAUGGAUCAGCUGCACUGCACCACGGGUCAGGUAGUCAACCAGGUCAGGUACCUAGUGACUGUUCUGUGCCUCAGGAGUACGUGAGUGCCAGUCCAAUGAGUCAGGGCCAUGUGAAUCAGAGUCCCAUGUGUGUAUCUGGUCGAGGCCCUGGGGAGAGGCCGGCCCCUCAGGGGAGCUCCUCCCACCAGAGCUCUGAUAGUGGAACCAGUAGAAGGAGGGAAGGCCGAAGGGAGAACUCCAGGACCAGGCAUGUCAGUGGAGGAGACUCGAGAAGGUCAGCCUCCGCCUCGAGAUAUAACAGCUACUCAUCGGAUGAAGAAGAUCUGCUGGAGGAGCGUGAGACUCGCAAAAGGACUCGACGCAACUCGAGGAGAAGCAGUGCCGAGUUGAGUCGGGAUGGACGAAGGGCAGGCACCACGCCGGAAGGCAAAUAUCCAGCCUGGCCGGAAAAAUGCAGUCCUGAGGAAAUGUUGGACGUUUCCAGAGAUUUCCGGGAUGAAAAUAGGAAUGAGCUUAUGAGUGACAGUUUUGUACAGCAGCCAGUGCACGCGACACCUACUUCGUCGCCUGAUUAUGUGAAUAUAAAUGUUGUGAGUGAAUCGUGUGAUCCAAAAUAUUUAAAUAAAUUCAGAGGCAUAAACAAUGCCUCAGAUGUAGAAAAUGUUUGCAGUGAGAGAACAGUGAGCCAACGUGCUGAACCUGUGUUCAUUGAACAGCAUGAAGGCUAUGAUGAAGUGAGAAGGUUUGAGCCACAGCAUCUAGAAAAUGAACAAAACCCCAAUGUGUCUAGGAAUUUUGAACAGAGUUAUGUUUACAGUGACCGCUUUUAUGCAACAAGAGAUCCCUAUUAUGUAUCAGAUGUUCAAAUGCCAGCAAUAAACGAUCAUAAAUUUGACGAUGACAAGAAUACCAGUGCCUCUGUGAUUAAUGUUUCACAAAGAGAUCUGAACACUUCAUAUGAUUCUAAAACUUCGUCACAAAGUAAGUACCAUCAGGUGAACAAUAUAUCCUUUGAAAAUGAGCAAAGAAGGUCCUCUGUGGACAUGAACAAGAAUUCGCACCACAGUCUGCAUGGAAGGGAUGGCAAAGACUUCCAGAGCUAUGAUAGUACAACAGGUUAUCCCUCCUAUGACUCCCACAUUGCUCACAAAGGAGAUAGUCUGAACUCCCACAUUUCUCAAAGAGGGACUGGCUUUCAAGAUGAUACCACUUCCACUGGCAAAUAUUCAGACAGUGGUUAUGAUACUUUGCGUGCAGAAAUGCCCCUCAGACGUGAGGAGAACAGAAAUCCUCAUGGUGGGUCCCUGUGGAAACCAGAUAGUUUAGAGAGUAGCCCUGAGUGUUCAAGUGUUGUAAGAAGAAGGGGGUUUGAUCGCACUGGUAGAAGGCCGGAAACGUGGAGUCCUGAAAAGUUUGACAGGUCUUGGGUGGGAAGGCCAAUGGGACCAGAUCUGAAAUCGAAAGUGGAUGAAUCCAAGGUCGUGAAGGAAUACAGUUAUGAAUACAUUACUCCUGAUAAGAACUGUGAAUCAUCACCCCAGGAGAAUUUUAGAAAUAUGUCCAAUUCACUGAAAAAGUCAACCCCAGUUUUGCCAUGUUUAGAAAGUCCAAAAAUGGUGCAAGAAACUCAUCAACAGACUCAGAGUCAGAUGAAUUUGGUGCAAGAUAGGAUAAAGAAAUUUACAAGCAACGUUGAUGCCAAAGAAAAUCAUAUCAAUCAUAGUGAGGAAUCACGCAUUAAACCCUUAAAAUAUAGUGAAUCAAAGACACAAAUAGAUAAUCAAAUGAACAACUCAGGCUUCAAUGAGCAGCCUUCAAGAAACCUAAGAGAACCCCUGAAGGAACCCUUGAAACCUGUGUCUCAAGUCAGAAGUUCAGAAGCUCUUGUAUCACCCCUGAAAGCUGAGUUUGCCACCUCGGAAUCCACUAUGGUGACAGCUCAAGAGGCGCAAGUCAAGAACAUAUCUGAUUAUAAGAGGAGAGAUGAGGUUAUUGCUGCUGCAACCAUGGAAGAAGGUGUGGCAAAUCUCAGGUAUGUUUCGAGUCCAGAGCCUUCAAGUUUAGAGUACAGAGAACUGAGAAGCCCUCAGGAUAUCAUGGAUUCAAGGCUUAGCAGAACCAACAUCAGGAAGUUUUUGUUUGAUGAUGAUUCUAAGCCUGAGACUAACAAACAGCAUCAUAAACCAAUGAAUCCUGUUAAACCUCCUUUGAUGAAGAAACCAGUACAGCCUAGAUCUGUGAAGGCUCUCCUGAAGAAUUUCGAAGAGAGGAGCAUAGAACACAUGGAGAGGGUCAGUAUGAGUCAGGAUGUAUCAAGGAAGAAGUUCCACAGUGAUUCAGAAAUGCUGUCCAACGAGAGUUCAAGUGAUGAGGGCCCCUGUGAUGACCAGUACAAUGCAUUACCAGAGAAGACACCAGUGUCACCCACGACAUCAGUUCUUGCAGACCUGAGGAAGUCGGCAGAUGACAAGAAGGAGGAGAUUGCUCCUAUUGUUCCUCCUCCAAGGCCACCAAAGAAGCCAACAUUAGGAGGAGAUAUGGAUGUAGUUAUGGCCCCAGCCUAUCUGAGACUAAGUUUAGCAGAAUCUAUUCAAGAAUCCUUGAAGGUGCAGGAGGAUAGUGACAGCGGAGGUGAAGAGGCAAGUUGGAUGGACACCACAUUGAACAGUGAGCAAAGUAGAUUGCUUUAUCCUCCCUCUGAGCAUGACACGUCUAUUGUAAUAGACCUGGACAAGCCACCAGAGGAGGAUGCUCCACCACCUCCUAUUUGCCCAACAAGUGGAAUUCAGAGCCCUCUACCUCGACCAGAUCCUUAUAUAGAGGAGAACUACUUACCAAUGAGCCCACCUAAAAAGCCAAGCCAUGGAUCAGGUAUUCUUGCUCCAGCAAGUUCUUGCAGUAGUCUGAGCAGUAAGCAUUUGCCUACUCCAGAGCCUGUAUACCCUGAUGCCUUUGCAAAAACGGAAUAUGAAGAACAUACUUACAUUGAAAUGAGUGGAGACACAGCUUCCAAUAACACCCUAGGUAAUGCAAGUCUUCCUCCUCGACUUGAUCUCAGUAAAUUGACUGGUGACCAAACAUUUACUCCUGAGAGUCCUAGGUAUUACGAAAUUGGGGAUAAAGAUGAGCCCCAGCAUUAUGAGUACAUAUACAAGGGACAGUCUCACUAUGAAGCAAUCUACAUGGAAGUUCCAAAUUCUGAAAAGGAUGAACAUCCAGUAGACGAAAAACCCCAGAUUCCAGAGAAACCAGAUGAACUAAAACUACAGCAUAAUUCUGAGAGGAAAUAUCCAUCAGACACAGCUCUUAACUCCUCCCUUAGUAAGAUUGACACAAAGCCUCAGUCUAAUGUCUCAUCUGAUGCAGAUGACGAAGCCUCCAAAGACCUUGAUAGUUUGGAACCCCCACGCAACCCUCGUUUCAGCCUGUCAGAUACUUUCCGUCCAGCUUCAUACUACUUGAGUGGAGCUGAACCGUCAAGUGAUCCUGAUGCUCAAGAUUCCUCAGAUUCUGAUCUUGUUCCUCCUCCACCCAUACCUCUUAGUCCACCACCAAUGGACGAACUGGAAACUGGAGGACCAAAGGCCAAGAAUUUUGAUUUUGAGAAUCUAGAAACCCCUGAUCCACCUCCACAUCUCCGAAAUGCCCUGACUUCUUCAAGAUCACUCAGGGUCAGUCAGAGCAGCCUCAGAGAAGAUCUAAAUACUUCAAGAUCAUCUAUUGGCAAGGAAAAAAGGAUGUUUGAAAAGUCAGAAUCUUCCUCCAGUCUUCACUCCGAUAAACUGAAGAGAAGGCCAGUAUUUGAAGAGACUCUAGAAAGUCUUCAUGAUGAUGAUAGUUUCAUUCUAAGGUCAGAGGAUAGGUAUCCUGCAUCAGCUGCAUAUCCAGAAGAUUGUACAAUGUCUGGAGCAGAAAAGAAUAUCCAGAGAGAGAGACGGAAACCUUUCCCACAGUGUGCGGAAGAUAUUUUACUUCCUGGAGAGAAGCAUGAACCGUCUGCCAGGCCAAAGUCAGCUUUGGAUCACAACAUGUCUUUCCAGAGCAACUUGGACACUUCGUUUUCAUCUGGGAAGAUAGAGAAUCCUUAUGUGAAUGAAGGCUUCCAACAUAAUGCUCGUCCCAGUUUGAACAACCUUCAGGGUCCUGCAGUAGGCAGAGAGUAUUGUAAUAUACCUCCUAACUCAAAGGCCUGCAGUCAGCUAGAAAGAGAGAGGUCAAACUCAACUGGAUCACGACCAAAGUCUCCUGACCCGUAUGCUGACAGAAAGGAGCUUUCCACAUACCAGAAUGUCCCUGCACCAAGGACAUCAUUGCUGAAAAAGAACCCAAGUCAGCUGAUCUCUUCGAAUGCAGAACCGACAGGGUCUCCUAUGAUCGAUGCACUUCGUGGGGUUCACAGUCCUGUUGCACAAUUGAGUGUCAGUCACCAACGCACAUCAUCAGAGGCUUCUUCUCGAGGAUUAGUGAGCCCUACAGCUAGUGUCCUUUCUCUGGGUGGUGGCAAUGUGGCUCCUAUACACUUGAGAGCUGCUUCCAAUGUGUCCGUAGGAAGUGAAUCCAGCCCUCGCUCUGCGCCCUAUUAUUACUCUGAUGUGAUUCGUGAUGAAGGUGCAGCACUAUCUGAUGGGAUGGUAGGCACUCCAAGAUCAAGGUCCUACCAGCUCAAUAAUCAGCGCGAUCUUGAAGCUAAUAAAAGGCAGGAUAUAGGGCGUAAAGUAAAUCAGAUCACCAGUGCUUCAGACUUUGAACAGAGACGUGAAAGAUUGACACAAAACCACAGUCUGGCUCAUGAACUGAGAACUUCAGUUGAGUUUCUUGAAGGAAAAACUGUAACAUCUCCAGAUGAACGUAAUGUGUAUGAUUCUGACACACUUCGUAAAAUGAAGCGUCGUGCUUAUACCCCAGACCCAGAGCUUGAUGCUAAGAAUGUGUUUCCUUAUGGUCUUUCAGUGAAAAUGGACUCUCUUUCAGCUGGUCCUCAAAUGGGCCACCGUAGAACAAGGUCAUUAGAGGGACUAUUAGACGAACCAGCUCGGCCUUUUGCAAGUGGAGCAAGUAAUACCUUGCCACCACCUCCAGAAAAUUCUCAGUCUUUCAAUGGUCCAAUGCAACACAAUGCAGGUUGUGCCAAACCAGGUGUUCCACAGAUUGCCACAUCAGCACCCUUGAGAACGAGUCAAGGAAGUUCCUUGGGAUCAAGUGUAUCCCCUCCACCACCACAUCUUGUGACUGCACCACAUAGAGGUGCCUUCUCCCAGCUCACAAGUCAACGUGCGUCUGUCAGUAGCUUGCAUAGUAGUGGCAGUGUGCCACCAGGAGCAACCUCCCCUUACGCUACUUCUCCCUUGCCAAUAUCACCCUUGCCUCCGUACCAGAUUGGCAGCCGUGAUAGUCUGGUGAGCAGGGAGAGCACUGCGAGUCGAAUAAGCUUCCAUGAACCCAGGAGUCCCCAUCAACCACGCAGCCCUCUAAGUCAUGACCAGAUGGCUUUUCAGGAGAGCCAAGAAUGGGAAGACGACAGUCAGUGGCGGGAACAGCUUCGCCGUGCUUCAUUGAGGCACACCCGUUCCUUGGAGACUCUGGAUGAAGGACGCCCCCGUAGACCCGGCGACGGAGGGAGCACCGAAAACCGUCCUCCAGCCAGGCUGAGUGUGCCAAACCACCAGCCGAGCAUGGAAGACCACAACAGCCAGCGACUGCAUCAACAUAAGCUGGAUGAAUACACAGUUGACUACCGCGAGGGCCGUGUGGGCCCGAACCAUUACCGAGGGCAUGGCGGUCAACACUCGGAGACCCUCGAGAGAACUCGAAGGGGCCUCACAUGCCUUGAGGGAUACGAGUGGGACGAGGCUGAAGAGCGGUUCAGGAAACCGAACCCGCCCAGCAGGAUCCAGUCCCCGACACACCAACAGAACCACAACGUCCAGCAUCAGCCUUUUUUAGCCGACGGCCUCCCACCUUCACCCGAGACGGAGCGCGAGGAGCAGCGUCAGUGGCAGGAGAGCCCGGCGCCGCCCCCCGCCCCCGGUCCGCCCUCGCCCCGCCCGCAGGAGCACCCUUCUUCGGCGGGCGGCGAUGAGAGUCCGGCCGGUUACUCGGGGGUAGGAGGGAGGCCCGCCGACGUGAGCGAGGCCCGGCACGACAGCGCCGCCUUUACUGCGGUCUCGCCCACGCCACAAGAAGCCACGCCCACACCCACGCCCACAAGCAGCGCCUCUCUCACCGCUCCGGAUGUCAUCCCCACACUUGGUAAGUACAGAUCGCAAGUCAUGCGCUAUUUAAGGGACUCAAAGAGCGGUUACCUCUGGUCGGUUUUCAAGUAAAUUGGAUUCUCUCCUCCUGGAAUAUGACCCUUCUGUACAUUGGUGAAAAGGCUUGUUCCCACAUCACUCGGUUAAUGAAGGCAAAAGGCAUGUGUAAAAGGGAGAGGCAUAAACAACCUGUGUGAUAUAUCUUAUAUACAUGUAUAACAUAUAUUAUCUGUCUUCUGUUUAUCUGGUUAGUUGCCAAGGUGUAAACUGUCUUAUGUCUCUUUUCUGUAUAUUGCUGUAAUUUAUUUAUACCGACAAAGAGUAAAAAUAGGAUAGGUGGAGUUCCUUUCCCAAAUACCACCAUAUCAUGCCCUGAACUGUUUGAAUGACAGACAGAGAGAGUGGAGUGUCAAGGCUUGAUUAUCAUUGGAAGUCUUUGAGUUUGUAUGCUAGUAAAAUUUUAAGAAAAACAAAGAACUUCACUAAGGAAAUGUUUUAUAAACGUUUAUAUUAGUUCCGUGAAAGUAGUCGUUAGGAGAUUAUACAGAGGCCGGGAUGAAUAAAGUAGUAUAUGGUGGAUGAUUAUUAAUAACAUAUCCAUGUGAAGGUGUAAUUCUGUAUACACGCACACCACACUCACGCACGCACGCACCUACUCACGCACUCACGCACGCACGCACGCACUCACUCACUCACUCACUCACUCACUCACUCACUCACUCACU